AUGGCGAGCCUUCACCCGUUUGACCCCAUCACACCUGGGGAGAUCCAAUUGGCGGUCUCCAUUCUGGAAUCUGCUUUCCCCGGUGUCAAACUCCGCUACAAACGCAUCGAUCUCCAGGAACCCGCCAAGCAUGAGGUUGUUCCAUACCUCGAGGCUGAGCGCCGAGGUGAAGUGCGCCCGCGUAAGCCCGCCCGCUUGUUGAUGGCGCUCUUCCACCGAUUGGACAAUGGGUCUUUCUUCAAGGCUCUGAUCAACGCAGACACCAAGUCCAUUGUGUCAGCGAAAGAGUUGCCCAAAGACGUCCAGGGUCCGCUGGACGUCGAUGAGAUGAUGGAAAUUGAGGAGCUCUGCCUCAGUCACCCAGCUGUGAAGGCCGAAAUUGAAAAGUUGAAGCUUCCCGCUGGCCACACCGUCUGCUUGGACCCCUGGAUCUACGGUACUGAGGAUGCCCAGGAGACUCGGCGUUUGUUCCAGUGCUACAUGUACAUUGUGGCCACAGACCACCCCCAGAACAACCAGUAUUCGGUACCAUGCAAAUUUUCCCCAGUGUUCGAUGGUAUCACUCGCAAACUGGUCCGUAUGGAUUAUCUGCCUGGUGGGGCCGAUACUCAAACCACUGAAACGCAGCCCUGGAAGCAGGUGCCUACCGUGCAAUACGCGCAUGAUUUGCUAGACGAGCCUCUGCGCACUGAUCUGAAGCCCUACAUUGUCCAGCAACCCGAGGGCGCAUCAUUCAAUGUCAUCGGUAAUGCCGUGUCAUGGCAGAAGUGGCGUUUCAGAGUGGGGUUCAACAACCGAGAAGGUCUGGUGCUGCACAAUGUGACCUACGAUGGUCGUAACACAUUCUACCGUCUGUCGUUCUCCGAGAUGACAGUCCCCUACGGCGACCCCCGUGCUCCCUACCACCGCAAGCAAGCCUUUGACGUCGGUGAUGUCGGCUUCGGUAUUACAGCUAACCAGCUAAGUCUUGGCUGCGACUGUCUCGGUCACAUCAAGUAUUUCGAUGGCUAUCGCACGGAUGCACAGGGAGCGCCAAUUCAACUAAAGAACGUCAUCUGCAUGCACGAGCAGGAUAAUGGCUUGCAACACAAGCACACUAACUACCGCACCGGUGCUGCAACUGUUGUCCGUAACCGGCAACUCGUGGUUCAGAUGAUCUGCACCGUUGCGAACUACGAAUAUAUCUUCGCUUUUAUCCUCGACCAAGCAGCCAACAUUGAGCUCGAGGUACGCGCAACCGGUAUCCUCUCAACAGUACCCUUCGAUAAUGAGAACGGCCAAACCGUUCCUUGGGGCACGAACGUCGGACCAGGCGUUAUGGCGCCAUUCCACCAGCACAUGUUCUCCCUCCGUAUCGAUCCUGCUAUCGACGGCUACAAAAAUACAAUCUACUACGAAGACAGCGUCCCCAUGCCGGAAGAUGAUAGCAACCCAUGGCUCGUCGGGUACACCACCGAACAAAAUGUCAUCAAGGCUAGCGGUAGCGCCUCAACCAGCGUCGACCGUCACCGCGUCUUCAAGAUCCGGAACGACUCCAUCGUCAACCCCAUAACUCACCAUCCCAUCGCCUACAAGCUGCAAACCAGCCCAAGUCAGAUGCUCCUCGCACACCCGAACUCAUUUGGCUCGAAGCGCGCCCGCUUCGCUACCCGUCCUAUUUGGGUUACUAAAUAUCAAGAUGAUGAGCUAUUCGCCGCCGGCGAGUUCACAAACCAAAGCAAGAAGUCCGAAGGUGUGGAAGUGUGGGCUGGACGAAAUGAUCCGGUCGAAAACGAGGACGUUGUUCUCUGGCACACUUUCGGUCUCACUCACAACCCCCGUAUUGAAGACUUCCCCGUUAUGCCCGUGGAGCGUGUCAGUGUGAUGCUCAAGCCGGAUGGAUUCUUCACUAAGAAUCCUGCACUUGACGUGCCAGCUUCGAGCCAGUCUUUCAACAAGUCAAUUUUGCACCCCGAGCCGACUUGCUGCGCGGCUCCUCAGGAGCGAGGACAAGUGAAGUUGUAG